CGUAAUCAGUCACAAAAAAUCAAAAAUGGCGGCCAAUUGUUGGCGGUAGAGGUCGCGCCAUUAAACAUUUUUAUCUUCGGCCGGCUCGAAAGCCACGCCAUGUCCAAGAAGGGGAACGAGCCACGAAUUGUAAACGUUGCUGUUGUUGGUUUGUCUGGCUUAGACAGAGAUCAAGCUUUUUUCGGAGUGGGGAAGUCGUGUUUGUGUAACCGCUUUGUUCGGCCCUUGGCCGACGACUAUCUCACAGAACAUUCUUCAGUAUUUAGUUCCUCUGAUUUUGGCGGACGAGUGUUGAACACCGAUCAGUUUUUGUACUGGGGACAUUCGACAAAGACAGCAGACGAUGGCAGCGAAUUUGUUGUUCAUGUCAUUGAGCAGACCGAGUUUAUCGACGAUGCGACUCUUAUGCCUUUAUCUCGGGGAGGGCAGCUUACACCAUACCCAAAACGGUGUGCAAUUUCAAAACUCUCGUCCCCUGAAAAGUUGAUGUAUAUCAGCCGAGAUCAAGUAGCUUUACAGAGCGACUACCAACAAGUCAUUCUACCCGGAGGAAAGAUUGCUAUCGAUGGUUUUCUUGUCGUUUACGACGCCGAAGCGACGCAGUCGAAGAGACUCGAGGAGCAACAAGAGCGUUUGUUGUCUUCCAUUCUCACUUAUGUGCAGAAAAGUAAAAAACCUUUUGUGCUUGUGGCAACAAAAUGCGACGAUACACAACUUAAUUUACUACAGGAGGUUCAUCGUUUUGCUCAAUCUAAAAAGUUGAAUGUUCCGAUCAUCGAAACUUCAGCUCACGAAAAUGUGAAUGUGGACUUGGCGUUCUUAGUUUUGGCACAACUCAUCGAACGCGGACGGGCGCGUUCUAAGGUUAUUCCUUUCACAGAGGCGCAGAAAACUCAACGAGAAUUAUUAGAGAAAGCCGUUCAGGAUUUUCAAAGGCUUAUUGAUAGAACAGUGAUCGAUUUUCGUGUGAUCUGGAAAAACACGAAAAAGUUGGUGGAAAAUGAAAGGGAGUUUCAAAUCCACCGCGAUCUUUGUGGGCUGGAAGCUUGCAAGCGACUUUUUAAUAAGCACAUUCGAAAGUUGAGGAAAGAAUUCGAAGAAAGGAAGCUGAAUGGAUACUUGUCUAGACUUCCAAGUGCAUUAGAUGAGCUUAUACCUAGUGCAUCUUCGAUGGAACUAUGCCACUGGAACUGGAAAAAUUGCCAAAAGGCGAUUCGAAAUCACAAACAGUUUGAAAAGUGGAUGAUAGUGGAGGAGACAGCUUGGAAUGAAAGCGAUCAUCUACUCCAAGACGAUCCACGUGUUCCGUUUGACAUUUUGUCUCUCCCACGGGCUGAGAAAGUAUUUCAGAACCAUGCCGAAAAGUUAAAAGCCGCGGAAAAACGGCUCCGUAUGAUGAAUGAAUUUCGUAAACUGCUAGAGUUGACGCCGCAAAUUCGGCCGGGUACAACGUGGGUAGACGCGGCUGUGCUGUUGGAAAACGAGGAAAGUUUUCAGUACUUGAACGACACAGACAAAACAAAAAUUUUUGACACCUACCGUCGUGACAUAACCGAGAAAGCCAAAGCCGAUUUUCAAGAGUUGUUAUUCGAAUCAGCAGGGUUGUUUUCAAAACUUGAACCCAAUACGCGACCCUCGAUUUCUCACGAAGACAUAAGGGUAAUCAAAGAGGCGUUGAGCGAGGACGACCGUUUCAAACGGCUCGAUAAAUUGGACAGCGAUCGCGAAAUUGGCUUGAUAAAUCAUAUUGCUCUGCUGUACAGCCCUACUAGAUGCCUUAGUGGAGCGGAGAAAUGCCGCGAUCGACUCAUGCAAGAGAUUGUAGCAACGACCACAUACAGGCCAACAUUCAUGGAUAGCAGAGAGACACUGGACAGCGAUGACAGCCAAAUUAACCUGCUUAUUCUUGGCAGUGGAGGUUUUGCUCAGGCCAUGGAAAGUGAAAUUCGGACCCAGUGUUCAUAUGGAGAUCCAGACAAUCUAGAAUUUGCCCUUGACGGGCGCAUGUAUGAACUGGACUAUCAUGUGGUUGAUGGUGACAUGGAUCGACCAGAGUAUGCACUCGCUGGGACUGACUUGACUACACAAGGCUGUUUCUGUGUCUAUGGUUCUCCCAGUUCUCUGGAGUUUAUUCGCUAUUGUCUGAGUGAAAUGGGCGAGAGAUGUAAGUAUGACAGUGUGGAUGACUCAAACCCAGUACAGCUUCCUCCUCCAACAUUCCUUGUCCUGGCAAGGAAUCUUAGUGAUGAUGAUAUUAUCCAUCAAUUGAGAAAGGAAGGUCAAGAAUUGGCCUCCAGGUACAAUGCAACAUUCAUUGAUUUACCAGUGGCUCGCUUCUCACACGGGAAAAUGAUUCAUGAGACACAAGUUGUGGAUGCCAUGCGAGGACUGGUAGAGAACUUAAAGCAACAGGCUCGUACCAAUCUGUCUAUAGAAGAUCUGAAAGACAGUGAUCCAGAUUUGAAGAUCAUGCUGUGUGCCAUGUGCGGUGAUCCUUAUCCAGUGGAGCUGAUUCUUGGCCCUCUUCUUCAUCAUCAAAACUGUUGGAGAAGUUCCAACCGGCCGGACACAAUUAUCCUCGAAACGUACCUUGGGUUUGAUAAGCGACGGGUGCAGAUAACUCUGACUUCUUAUCACAGAGCGUACAGCCUUAAUUACCAAAUGUAUCAUGGCUACAUCUUGGUGUACUCAGCCAUACGAAAAGCCUCGCUAGGAACGCUGAGUGGCUUCUCAGGAUUUAUCCCUCAAGUUCCCAUACAGGUGCUUGCAGUAACAGGCAGCGCAUCUGGCGCCAGUGUAGUGUUUCACAGCCAUGUGGCAGCUUCUCUGUUGGCUGAUGGCACAAACCUGGCUAGUAAACUGUUUGCAAAGUUCCAGACCACCUCCUCGCAAUUUCAGCACCAAGCUGGAGCGUUCGCUGCGUUUUUCAAUCAAGUUUGGGAAAAGAAGAGAGAGAGCGAGGUAGCUUACACGAAGUUCUUAGCCGAACAACAACUUCGCCUCACGCAAAAACAGCACAAUAAUUCAUUCCGUUCAAAGUACGAUCCUCUACCGGAGCCACCAAGGAAGAGGCCGGCUAACAGCGAAGACGAAUUCAACCGGAGACAGAGUCUCAGCGAGCGCCAGCAACAGCAUCCUUCCUCCCCCAGGUCAGUCCACCGCAGUUCCGAUGGGACGUUGGAUGACUCCGAAAUUAAUCCCUACGCGGUGUUUGAUUCCGUCAGGAAGCCAGUAGAUGCGAUGAAAAACGGUGAGGCGAGGGAUUCUAGAGGAAGCAGCGAGCUACAACCCUAUGCUACUUCGACGCCGAAUGCUCUAUUUAUGAGCCUGAAGCAGAAUAGCGUUCCCAAUAAUACGCCGCAGAGCAGUGAUGUCUGGCAGAAGAGAGAGAAUAAGUCGGAGGACCUUUACGCUCAAGUUGACCUGUCUCGAAAGCGCUCGUUCAGGAAGUCCAAAGAUCUCGCCAUGAACGACAGUGAGGUCAACUUGAUCGAGAACACUCUCUACGCCAACAAUAACUUGGUACAGUCGCAAAAAUCUGCCCGAGAGACCCCUCCUACGGCUCGCGAAACUCCACCACCCGUCCCGAAGAGGAAUUACGAUUUAAGCGAGGAUUUCCCGCCCGUAGUCCCUCCUGUGGUCCCUCCCGCGGAUGCCAGAAUGGACACUCUCAGGAGCAAUGAUGAUGAGGGCUAUAACACGUUCAAGAAUGAGGACCUUAAGGAAGAAAACCCGUACGCCGCUUUAGUCGAAGUACAACCCAGGCCUUCGUCUAUUGCAGCGGAGGAUCCUUACUAUAUGAAAGUAAAGGAAAAGAUAAACUUUUUUAACAACAAAAUGGCCACACCGAAACAAGACGUAUGGGUGAAGAUGAAUGCAAGACAGGAUGAGAAGCACUCAUCUGUGCCUGAUCUGCAAAGGAAAGAGCCAGAUGCAGGAGCACCUCUGGCUCAGCAAGAGGACGUCAGCGACCCAGAAUAUGCCCAAGUUCAGGAAGCUUUGAAAAAUAAUUUGAAAGUACCAGUAAAACCCCGGCCGACCAUUUACGCUGUUGCUGUAGUCGAGGAACCCGGCGAUUCUGACAAGAAACCAAAACAACAUGCAAAGCUCACAGCUAAAAGUUCAUUGAGGCUGGCACAUUCAGCUGAAGAUGUUAGUACUUUGGAGAGGAAAUCCAGGCGAGACACCUUUGGUCGACCAGUAAAUGGAAGACGUGAUAAGCGAGGAGAUAGCGCCACAUCUGAUCAAGGAACUGGGGACGAGGCCACUUUGCCUCGAACUGACGAUCGCCCAGGGAAGAAGAAAAUCAUCAUCAGACGAUCCCGGAGUACUACACGAGGCGACAAGUCGUCCACGCCAAACGUGCCUACAGAGGUACACAAAAAACAGCUGUUCUCUGGGAGGAAAUCAGCCCGCCCUCUUAGACUUACCUCAAAGGCAGUCAGAUCCUGGUACUGAAGAGGAAACAGAGGAUGACCCUGGUUCGCCUGGUCAUAAACCGAGGAGAUCGCCCUGGUCGUCGUCCCGAAAGAAACCCAGUCGAGAGGAACGCGAAGCUCAGAAACAGAGAAAGAAAGAAGAGAAGAAGACGCGAGAAGACGAGAAACGUCAGAAACGCGAAGAGAAGAAAAAGAGAAAGGAUAGAGAGAAAAUCGACAAAUUUUUUCAAAGCAGACAGAAAAAUAUCAGCAAUUACACUUAUUUUGGUCAGCCGCUCGAGUCAAUCUGCGAUCCAACAACACUUGUUCCCGCAUUCUUGGAUAAAUGUAUAGAAUUUGUUGAGAACACAGGAAUGCAGUUAGAGGGAAUUUACAGAGUAAAUGGUAACUCAGCGGACAUACACCUCAUCGAACAGAAAGUUGAAGAGAAUCCUAACCUAGAGUUGGCCGAGCUGGGUGUUGGGGUCCACGCAGUGACAGGUGCCUUCAAGUCAUUCCUAAAGCUCCUCCCAGAACCAAUAAUCCCUGGAGCCUAUCAGAGCUCGUUCCAUGAUGCCAUGGUUCACCCUGAUGCUAACAGCCGCUUAGCUCGGCUCAAGCAGCUGCUACAAGAUAUACCACCCCAUAACCUGGCUGUCUUUAAACGCAUCAUGUUCCAUCUUAAUCGAGUUACGGAGUUUUCCAAGGACAAUCUCAUGGAAUCGAGAAACAUAGCCUUGGUUUUAUUCCCGACCAUCAUUCGUCCGGAUUUCACCCGCCUGGAGAUGUCUACACACAUGUACUUGCUGUUCUUCAUUCAAACGUGUAUAGAAAAAUGCGACUACCUCUUCUCCACCGACGACAAUUGAGAAAAACUGGGAAACUUCGGUGAAGUCCUAGUUGACAGCCACGUGCCUGCCACAUGCCUGUGGUAUGGGAAUGGAAGAAGUGUCCUUCUGCUGCCGAUCCGACAGCGUGGCUUGGUGUGAAUGCCACUGCCUCAAUAAUUCGAUGUAAACCGUGAAGAUGCCAAGGAUUUUUUGUCGAGUGAGGUUUGACUGUCAUGUCUUUCUCAUGAAAUGUCCACUCAAUGGCUUUUCCAUGUUGCAAUGCUACCCAAGAGGUAGAAGAAGAACAUGUCAACGAAAUAGGUGACGGAGGCUGUGUAUUAUGGGAGAUACAUAUAUGUAAGGGCGGUUAUUGAUGUGAAGAAUAUUGGCCUAUAUUCCGAGAAUGAACACGUCUUAGCGUUUUAAAGGUGGACAUGUCUCGCUGGUGUAUCCUGUUUUGUUAGAAAUAGUUGUUCAGAAUUAGUUUAUCAAUGUUGAAUAACAUGUUGUAAAAGAAACGUUUACUCUCCAAGAAUGCCUUCUUCUCCAAAUGACAGAAAGAGUUUGGGUUGAAUUGGACUGAGUCGGCGGUUUCCGUAGUUGCUAAGCAAUACUUGAUUUCAUUACAAGUGACAACUUUGGGAACGAUCUUGCUAUUUGCUGACUGGCUGAAAUUAAAAUUGGAAAACAUUUGGACGCUCUCAAGCUCUUCCGCUGGAUACCAAGCUGUCGGCUAAGCAUUUUUGUAAGAAUUCAAAUUACGGUGUUGAAAUGUUUUCUCUCAUUCUGCUAUCCUAGAGGUAAAUGAUUUUAUAAGUGCGUUACCUUUUGAUCGGUAACUGCUUCUAUGAUUUUCUUUUUUAUAAUAAUAAUUAAAGUUUGUUUUCAUUUAAAAAAAAAAAGGAAUAAACAUUAUUUGUAUUUACCGUAAAUCCUCUAUUAAACCCCCUUCUUAUAAGCAUUCCCGCUCUGUAGAAAGAAAUUUCUUAAGGGUUAAGGCCCCCACCCCUCCCCCCUUCCCCCUCAAAAAACAGAAAUUCAAAAUAACACUUCAUGUCAAUGAGUACGAUAAAUUUAUUCAAGUACUGUAAUUUUUAGUUUGUCACUUAAAAUUGAUUAUGAGGAUUGAUUGGUUGAUGUUAUCAAGAUGAUAUGACAUACAACUCAUCAGACUUUACUGAGGAUUUUGAAUCUGCCCAUUUGGUAAAUGAAAAAAUGUAAAAUUAGAACAAUUUUUGAAUAAAUACAGUACGUAAUAUCUAAUUGUAUCCUGGUA